AUGUCGGACGCGAAGGCAUCUCCAUCACUAUGCACACCAGCCGCAAAAACCAGCCGCCUCCCCGCGAUCCUCUGCCUCCACGGCCAAGGCACCAACGGCGUCAUCUUCUCCCACCAGUCCCGGGCCCUGGUCAAGUCCCUCAGCGACCGGUUCCGCUUUGUCUUCAUCGACUCGCCCUUCACGUCGUGGCAGCCCGGCCCCGGCGUCGUCCCCACCUACGCGAAUCAGAAACCGUACCGUCGCUGGCACUACGAUAAGGCGCAGGUCGAGACGGGCGUUUCGGCCGAGGCCGUGGACGUCGAGAGGGCGCGCGUCAGGGCGCUCAUCGUGCGCCAUAUCGAGACCGAGGUGGAGGAGACGGGGGAGGGCAUCGUGGGCAUUAUGGCGUUUAGUCACGGCACGCGGGUGGCGACAGGAUUGUGCUUGGAUGGCGAGUUCGGGCCGCGUAUCAAGAUCGCCAUUCUGAUCAGCCCCGUCUUCCCGAGCCUUUCGGUUGGGGGCAUAUCGACGGACUCUUCGGAGAAGGAGAAAGUUCGUCGGAAUCUCGACGUGCGGCUGGUCCAAGUACACGGUGCGUCUGACCCCUGGGCGCAUGGAGGUAAACGUCUGGUGAAGACGCAUUUCAGUGCGCCCUUAACGCGAACCGUCAUCUUUCCGGGUGGUCACCAGGUUCCGUCUGCUGCCAAGGACGUUGCGGCGGUUACACAUGAGGUUAUAUCUGCGUGGGAGUUGCGGCAGGUGUCAUGA